UCCAGACCCGGAAGAUGGUAUCGACGUAUCUCUGUCUGUUUUGGUUGAGUCACCUCGGACCAUGCCUUAACCACUGAUGCCUUACUGUGUGGUUAUAGGCAGAAACCAACUAGAAUCAUGCAAACUAACCGAUAAUUCUUGCGACAAACUAAGGCCUUAUUUGAUUAUUUUUAUGCUUACAAAUGUUUAGAUCUUACAUCGGUUUGGCGGUGUAACGAACGAUUCGUCAAAAUGAUGGAGGAAGAAAUGGAUAGGUUCCAAGUACCCCCAGUAACAGAGACACAGCCCUUGCAGGACCCAGCAGCAUCCGACACCUCUGAGGCCGACUCUGACACUAGAGAAGGUGAGACGGUGGCCAUGAACUACAAGCCCUCCCCACUGCAAGUGAAAAUAGAGAAACAGAGAGAGCUGGCCAGGAAGGGAUCAGUAAAGAAUAGCCCCGUCAACCACCAACCAAAGAAGAACAACGUCAUGGCCAGAACACGUUUGGUGGUGCCAAACAAAGGCUACUCCUCUUUAGACCAGACCAGCCCGGAUGAGAAGCCCCUGGUAACGCUGGACACAGACAGUGAUGAUGACUUUGACAUGUCCAGAUACUCUUCGUCUGGAUACUCCUCCGCCGAGGUGAGAUGUCUGAGGGACCAGCAGAUCAACCAGGAUCUCAACAUCCAGCUUCUGAAGGACGGUUACCGGCUCGACGAAAUCCCUGACGAUGAAGAUCUGGAUCUGAUCCCGCCCAAAUCAGUCAACCCCACCUGCAUAUGCUGCCAAGCCACCACCUCCUCAGCCUGCCAGAUCCAAUAGCCCCUCCCACAAUAUACGCCAUGACUCCACCCUCUGCAGUGAGCUUACCUCACCACUGGGGCGGCGACAGGGAGAAAGAAUGCAAUGAUCGGAGGGGGAGAAAAAAACAGAAGAAUAGGUCUAUUGGAAUUAGUGUGGAUAUGAAAAGGGUGAAAAUGCACAAAAUAUGUACUCCUAUGGUAGGACAUGUGCGUACAUUUGUUUGUUAUGUUCCAGUGAGGUACUAGGUUUUUUUGUCUGAGUAGUAUUCUUGGAAUAAAACACAAGGACAAAAGAAGGACUCAAGAAUGCAGUGUUUCCAAGAUUGCCUGUUGUGGAAUAGAUCUUCGCCUUUGCAUGUCCUUCUGAAAGUCUUUGUUUCUGUUACGGUACGUAUGGAGGGAUUAACAGCCAAUGCACUGUGAGCAUGGGAAAAUAACAAACAUUUGAUUGAACAGAAUGAA